AAUUAAUUUAUAAAUAUACAUAAAUACAUAAACAACAUAGUAUCUCUAUUUAGUUUGUUUGUUUGUUUGUUUUUUAAGUUUUUAAUAAUUAUGAAAUGAAAAGGUUUAUUGUUAAGAUUUUGUAAUUCGUAAUGGCUAGCGGUGAUGUGGUUUAUUGCAGAAUAUGUCUUCGGACAAACUUGAACGUGAAGUAUUUUUUAGACAAUGUUGCUAUGAACUUUAUUGAACGAAUAUUUAAAGAGAACGGUUUUUUUAAGGAUUUGAAUAGCAGCGACUGCACUUGUUUUGAAUGUUAUUUUAUUUUGAACAAAUCGUGUGAAUUCGUACAAAAGGCAUUGAAGGCACAAAAACUAUUGUACCAGUACUUGUUGCUGAAUGAGCCGAUCACCACAUACUCCCUUUCAUGUAUAGAUAGAAAAAAAUGUGGCAUAUCUUCCAAUUUGGUCAGAAGUGAGAUUGAAAUCUAUUCCAGUCAAACAAACAUAAAGAAUCCUGAACAUGAUACAUUCAAAACGUCUGUUACGAAAGAAUCAGAAAACGAUAAUAUCGCACAUAUUAAUCCAGGACAUGAUGAAGGAAAAACUUGCGAAAUUGAAGUUGACACGGUUACGGAAAUUAAAGAGGAGGCAGUGGAAUCUAAUGAUGCAGAUGUUGAACCGCCAACUGUUAGGAAUGAUGCUGAAAAUACUUUGAAACUCAACGAAUCUGAAUUGUCAAAAAAUGAUGAUGCUAAUUAUAAAACUGAUAAAAAUUAUAACAAUAAUGUUUCUACAUUUGAUGUACAAAUCGCCCCGAUGACAGAAUGUCCGAAAAGUUUCCCUGUCAAGUUUGAAACUGAAAGAAAUACAUCACCUGAUAAAGGUGAUUUUUAUAUAGAUCCUUGUACAGGGGAAAUGGACAGGAUAGAUCCGAGUCUAAUUGACAAUUCUUAUAUUACUGAAUUAGAGACUAAUAAUAGUAAAACGCGGUUGAAUUUUAUUAAAGAUUAUUAUUGUAAUAAUGAUGAGGAUAAUGAUAAAAUAAAUAAUGUCACUUUAACAAAUGAUCCAUUAAGUUUUGAUUCGAAUUUAAUUAAAAGUGAGCAUGAUGUAAAGGAAGAAAUUGUUAAAGAACAUGAAACUAUAGUUGUUGAAAUAUCACAAAUUGGUUCUGAACAGGGUGAAUCAAAUAAUAGUUCAAAUGAGGACGAUCUCCUUGUGGAAAUGAGCUCAGUACGUCACAAGAACGAAAGAAAAAUCAAAAGGAAACCUCGCAAUGUAAAUAAUAAGAAAAAGAAACGCAUUAAAGAUAAACAAAAUAAGGAUGACGAUGAAAAGUUACACGUAAACAAAGUCAGUUCUAAUCCAGACGUUGCUAAUAUUAUAGAAGGUAGAUUUAGAGCGAGGAAGAAUAUUAGUUACAGCGGUUUAGACUCCGGUACCGUAGAGAAGAACCUUGAUGACGAAUUCGUACCGGCCUCUGAUUUAUCUGAUGACGAUAAAGAGGAAUUUAGAGUGUACCCUAUGGAAUGUGAAGAGUGUGACAGUAUAAUAGGAUCCAAGACCGAACAUUAUCACCACUAUUUGUUACAACACAAGGAUAAAGAAUAUCCUUACAAGAAGUACUUCAAGUCUGUCCUGUGCCCAGACUGUGGGGAAUAUAUUACGGAGAGACAGUUAAAAGUACACAAAGACAAACAUUCCGGAAUUAAGCAUAAAUGUGAUAUUUGUAACAAAUACUACUCGUCCCACCCCAUAAUGCUCGCCCACAAAUUGUACGUACACAAUAAGAAGAACAAGAAUAACUGUCCUACAUGUGAUUAUUGCGACAAGUCGUUUGGCUCGAAGGGCGAUUUGAAGAUUCAUAUCAGGAUACACACGGGUGAGAGACCAUAUAAAUGUCACUUGUGCGAGUACCGGUGCGCUCACAAGGGCAACAUUCACUCUCACAUCAGACAAUACCAUCAGCACUUGAGGCCGGAGCCGAAGAGAGUUGUUACGAAGAAAAGGGGGAAGAAGAGGAGGAGGAGGAAGACGAGCGAUUCUGAUACGGAAUAGACAUGCAUA